CACCGAGACUCUCGUGCAUCAUUUCACUCACAUACGGACCACAUCCAUUCCAUCCAUCGAUCGUCUCAGCCAACCGUCUACAGCCAGGCAGGCAGCAUGUCUGUCUACCUAUCUACCUACCUGCGGCCUGCCUGCAUCGCCCUUAUCUGCCCUAUGCGCUGCAGCACCUUGCUCUCCAGCGCUGUCAGCCGGUCGAUCUCAGCCCUGAUCUGCUCGGCCGACGUACACAACGACGAGACGUCAUCGGUCUCCAACACGCUCCCAGACAUCCUGAAGAGAGAGAGAGGGAGGGGAGGAGAACACAUGGAUGGAUGGUCGGUGUGGUGGGCGAGGGCGACUGACUCCUUCCUUACUCACCUGUUUGGCGCAUGUUGUCUGAGUGUGUCGAGCUGCCGCUGCAGCUGCUCUAUCACACGCUGCUGCCGGGCAUACUCCUGCUCACGACUGCACACACACACACACACACACACACACACGAACACCGACACACAUAAACCAUCGACGUGCUUUCGUCGAUCGGCCGGUCUACCUUUUGGAUGUGCCGCUCGGUGGCUCUUGCUGACGGGGUGCGAUGCCCUCCCCUACCGGGUAAAACAGGUGGCCGUUGUGCCAUUCCGCAUGGCCGUCUGCAGGUGGGGGCGGCACAGACGAGCCCUCUGUUUGAGAGGUGCUGCCGGACGCCCUGACACACGCACACACACACACAUACACACACAAAUCGCCCAUCCAUCCAUCCAUCCAUCCAUUCAUGUAGUGACCUGCUCUGCUGCACUUGGCUGUCCGCUGCGUUGCCGCUGCCCUCCCCUGCUGUCUGCCUGUGCUGGCCACGGCGUCUGCUGCGAUAAGUCCAGUCGCCCUCGUCAAGGCUGCACCCACACAGCCACAUGAAUACCUCUUCUCCCCUCUGUGUGCACAUGGCGUGGCACAGUGUGACACACUGACCUCUGUUCGAUCCCCUCCUCUGUCCUGAAUGAGCUCCCCAAACUCGACGGCCGAUGCGCAUCGGCAGCGUCAGCAGCGGCAGAUGGAAUGGCAGAGUCCACCCCACCAGCAGCUGCCGAAGGUGUCGCCUCUGUCGCCUCUGCUGCCUCGACUCCACCACCACCACCAGCAGCUGACGGCUCCACCUUCCCACCCCCUCCGCUACCACCGCCUUUGUUCUUCCUUUUUUUCUUCUUUUUGCCCCCUGCCGCCGUUGCAGGCUGCUGCUGCUGCUGCUGCCCCGCACCGUCGUCCGAGUCGCUGACGGCGUCACCGAGCGAGAGCAGCAGCUCCUUGUCGCGCCGGCGGGCCUCCUCCUGAUCCUCCUCAUGAUGUUUGUCGACCUGCGAUGAUGGCGACGGGCCCUCCCCCGCCGGCCCGUCCUGGUGCUGCUGCUGGUGUUGCUGGUGGGCGCCCUUCUUCUGGUUGGUGCGCUUCUGUCGCUCGCGCAUGCGUUCGAUGAGCUGGGCCUUUCGCUCCUUGGCCGACUGCUUGGCGUGAAGGGGCGGCAGGCCGGCGACCUCUCGGGCAACAUCCUCUGAAUGAACAGAGGCAAGACAUGACAGGCAACAGACACACGGAUGGACUGAUGGACGGAGGCAUCGAAAGGGUCAUCGCAUCAUGCUCAUCAUCACCUUUGUCUUUGAGUCGUGUUUCGUGCAUCGCCUGGAUGGCUGCAAACUUUUCCUUGGCCUGCUUGAGCAUGAUCCUGGCGAGAGCCUCACUGGUGGGGUUGUCGCGCACGCUCGGAUCAGCCAGAGUGUCCUGCCUCACACACAUGCACCACAAGAACGUCACCUCCCCGCCGACGGGUUUCUCCCCUUGCCAGAGUCUACCUGGAACUGCGCCAUGAUCUGCCGCCGCAUCUCGAGCACCUUGCUGCUGGCCAGGACGAGGAGCUCCAUUGAUUUCAGCCGAUGGAUGGGCGGAAUGAACUGAUAAGAGGGGAACAAAGGAGAGACGCACACACAGACAGCAAAGGAUUCAUCGGAGUGUGAGUGUGUGUGUGGGUGGGGGCUCAUGGGAGGGAGGGUGGGUGAAGGCCGUUGGAGUGCCUUACCUCACUGUCGGUCAUGGUCUUGUUGACGGCGACGAAGGGAAUAUCGGUGGUCUCGCCACACGAAAAGUGGCGAUCAGGGCCAGCCUGAUACAUACACACAUACACACAGACAGGAGCAACACACGGCAAACAAUCAUGCUGGGUGCGGUGCCACUCUGUCUGCCGACACAGGUACCUGCUGCACUACUUUCUCCUGAGUGGAGUAGACACUCUCGGCGAUAACUCGCGGGCUGACGGCAUGGAAAGGCAACCUGCACCCAAUGACAAGACAAAGAUGGCGGAUAUCCAUAAGCUGCCUGCCCACGUGAUGCCUGGCUACCCUACCUCUUUUUCCACUUUUCCCCGCAGUCGAUGAAGGCGUCGGUCAUGAAAUCGACCAGGAUGGUGGCCUUUUUGCCCCUGGGCGCCACGGCGAUCGUCUGCGCGUCGUACCCCAGCCGCUGCAGGUGCUCGUCGUACUCCCCGCUGUCCAUCUGCUCCACCACCACAGGCAGCUGCUUUGCGAUCACGUCACGGUAGAUGGACAGCACGGCCUCGGUCGCCUUGGCACGCUGCCCCUCGUACUCGCGCGAGGAGAGCGCCUUGGUCUCUUCCUCCUUGUUGGCCUUGUGCGCCAGCAACAGAUUUAGUCGGACCUCAGCCAUCAACGCAAAGAGCUGCCGCUGACACACACACACACACACAGACAGACAGACAGAGAGGCCCAUGUGUCGUGCAGAAAGCGACCCUUCCUUUCAUCAAGUGCCCGUCUGUGCGUACCUUUCGCAGCUCGAAGACGUAUUGGCUCUCCUGCGGCUUGAGUCGCUUGGUCUUCCCCGACACCUCAGCAGCAGCGGCAGCAUCCACAGCCGGCUCGGGCACCUUCGGAUCAGUGGCCAGGAGCUCAUCCACGAAGGCCGCCUCCCGCUUCCUCAGCCGGUCUAGCCCGUCGGUGUCCGCACCCGUGAUGGCCUCCACCAGCCUUUUGCUGCGGUACACGUCAGCAGCGGAGCCCUUGGCGUAGCUCGGGCGCCACGCACUGGCGAGCACCCGGUCGGCGCACUUGUCGAGGAGGUCGCCGUUGAUGUCCGGAUCUGUGGCGAAGCCGGGGUACUUGGGGUAUCUCUGCUACUCGCAGAGAAUCUGAAACUCGGCCGUCAUCUGCUCGACGAUCGUCAGGGCGCCUCCGGGGGCGACGCCGAGCUUGCGCUUGGUUGCGAGCCGAAGGGGCUCCAUCUUCACACACACAGAGAGAAGAAUGAGAGAGUGAUGAGACCAGAGAUCGUUUCCGUGCUCACCUCUGAAGCGGCGAAAGGCGAGUACUCGGCAUCUUCAUCGAACGCCAGAUCGAUGAGUGUGUCGAGGGAUUUCUUGAUGACGCCCUUGAGCCGUGCCUCGUCAGCCACCGAACCCUUGGCCGUGGUCAGCAGGGCCACCAACACAGACACUACGGCGUCCCGCCCUCUCUCCUCUACGGUCUUUUGCCACUCGGCCCCACCAACCUGCCCCUUGUCCCUCUUUCUCCUGCCCCCCUUGCCGGCAGCCCUCUUGCCUCCUCCCGCCCCCCUGGCCCCUCCACUUGAUGGCGUGUCAUCCUCGGUGACGUCACCUUCAUCGUCAUCUGCAUCAGGGCGGGGUUUGCCGCAGAAGGUGCAGGUGGGGUCGUAACACGCUUGCUUGGGAGGGGCAGGGCCGGCGGCCGCUGCUGCCGAUGAUGAGGGCGAUGAAGGUUCGCCCAGGGGACUGGGAUGUAGUAGUUCCUCGAGGCCCAUGAAGGGCGACAUAUUCCGCAGAAACUGCAUGGCGGCCGCCCUCUUGGCGUCGUCUGAUGGCUCGUGCCCUUGGUCCUGCCGCGACUGGUUGGACGGCGCCGGCCGCUGUUUGGCAAAGACGCCCUUGAGCUUGUUUUCGAAGUCCUUGCUGAGCUUCUUGGGGCGCUCUGCAUCAGCCGGAGAUGCGCCACCGAAGCCGACAUCGAACUCCAGGCCAGGCAUGUCUGAGUAGUCCUCCUUAUCGUCACCAUCUUCAUCUGGCGCGCAGCUGCAGAGAUCUGUGUCUGUGUCUGUGUCUGUAUCUGUAUCCGUCAUCAGCGCUCGCCCACCUGACGUCCAUCCAGUGGUCGUCGUCCUCAUCGCUGGAGGCCGCGGCUUUCUGCUUUCUGCUUUUCGAACCUGCCGCUGCAGCUGCAGAGCUGCUCGACGGCUGCUGAUGCUUCUUCAUCCCCUUGCAGCGGUUUCAGGGAUCUUGAGCUCCC